AUGUGCACAUUACUUUAUCUUUCUUUUAACAUGUUACUGAGUUUAUCAAAUGGAUUUAUUUCCCCUAUGUAGAUGACUUUGCAUUGCAUUGACAGGUGCUAUACAAAUGAGCCUCCCGUGUCUCAUAGGCUAUGUGCUGAUAUGUGCUUUCUUUCUACAGAUAUCUGUAUCUUACUUUACCUAAAUGUUAUUGUUGCUAACGUCCUGUCAUGUCUUCUUCGUUUCUUUGCGCUUUGGCUCAGUCACAAAAUGUCGAUGUUUAAAGUCUCUUGAAGAAGAAAGGCAGCGACAUCACUCUGUGGUCGUGUCCCUUGUGUGUGUGUGUGGAUGUCCCAAGAACGCGCUCGCAGGAAGUUCCUAUCCUGUCGAGAGCGCGACAUAUGACGUAAGUUGCUUGCCGCGCAGUGAUGAUGGCGUCGCGUGAACGCGCAGCAAAAGUAAUGGCUGCUCUGGAUCGGCGGGUGCCUAGCCUCGAUGAUUUCGUAGGUCAAAGCUGGAGUACCUGGGCCGAUUGGGCCGUUGUGACAGCGGCGGAUGGGCCUGAUGUGGAAGACAGCUGCAAGAAUGGCAAAAAAGCUGCGGAGGCCAUGUCUCUCAGUAAGGAGGACAUGUCCAUCUUUGGUCUUUAUCCUGGGCAUGAUGACUUCUACCUGGUGGUGUGCAGCCAUUGUGGACAAGUAGUGAAGCCGCAGGCAUUUGAAAAGCACUGCGAGUGGAGACAUGGCCCUGUUGCCAAGCUGUACGCUAGACUACGCUCUCCCACCCCUGCACCCCAACCCCAGCAGAGGCCCCUACACGUCCACUCUCCUUCUUAUGGGACCAAUACUGCUUCUGCUUCUUCCUGGGAGGGUAGAGGUCAGGGUGUUGGCCAGCUAAGGGCAGCCCCACCAUCACCUUCUACCCCACCCCAGUACAGACACUCCAAGAACUCCAAAGAUGCAGUACGACAUUCCCCACUGGAGAAGUGGUCCUCCAACAGCAGUCACACAGAGUCAUCAGUAUUCAAGCAGCCGUCGCCUUUGGAGCCUCCGAUGAGCUCUCCGGCCCCGUCACUCAGAGAUCAGCCCUGGCCGCAUGGAAGCACUCCACCUGGUAGGCCUUCGCCUAGUGACAGGCCACCCGCCCAGAGCCAGGAUUCCCCUCUGGCUCCUGCAAUGCCACCCCACCGGAUCCCAAGACCCUACAACAAAGUGGCCUCCAAGAGGGAGUGUGAUUUGGACAGACACUGCGGCGUCCUUGAUCCUGAUAGGAAGAAAGUCUGCACCCGCCUCCUGACAUGCAACAUUCACUCCAUCCACCAGCGAAGGAAGGUGGUUGGCCGAAGCAAGAACUUUGACCAACUGGUGGCAGAACUAAAGACCAAGGUUCGGGACAAAGGAGGCCAUUUGUUGGAGGGAGGCUCCUCCAGUGGACGAUCCCCCAGCCCAGAGGCCCCCAGGGAGCAGCCUGGGGUACCGCACUGCAGGAGACCUCUGGCCAGCCUUCCUGCUUUCAGUCGAUCCACCGUUGAGUCAGAGUGCAGCCCAGAGGACGAGAAACAGUGGCAUGGUGAGGGAAGUCUCCGAACCCAAUCGCCUCUCGUCCAUGGACAAAUCUCCAGUGAUGAAAGUGAAGCAGAAGGACCUGAGGAGCCCUUAGAAUUCCCAUCUUCUUGUGCACAUCCGAGACCACUAGCGGUGUGUUCUUUUGGCAGCCAUGCGUUUGGUCACGGCAUCUACACGUUUGACAGGAGACUUCACCACCUAAGGUCGGCUCUCAGUAGUAUGCUGGAACAGCACAUCAGCGCCCACCUUUGGAAGAAAAUACCUCAAGCCACAGAACUUCAAUCUCCCUCUCCCUCAGCCAAGACCAUUACCUCCUUGUCCCCAUCCUCCAUAGCCACAGUUGCAUCACAUUCUAAAAUCCGAACAGCAAGUCAUAUAAACUCCUCUCUUAAAACUGCGUCCUCUUGCUCCUCUUCCUCAUGUCGAGGUCCAGGAAGACCCCAGACAGCCAUGGAGUUAGAGAACUCUGCGGGCAGUGGUGGCAGCAGCAGCAGCAGUAGUAGCUGCAGUAGCAGCUAUAGCGACGGCGGAGGAGGCAUCGGUGGUGGUCAUCUGGUGUCUCCAGGUAAACCUGGGGCAAUGUGUCAGAUAAGUCCCGGGCGACCCAAGAACCCUGUUGGACGUCCAAGCAAGCAGAUGCUGAAGCUGCGCGAGGAGGCUGCUGCUGCCCUUCGCAGACGCAAAGCCCCAUCGCAGGAAGGGGAGCACUCAGGCCCGGACAGGAACUGCAUUAUCCUCCAGGACCGGGGCCGCCCACCUUCUGCCACCUCUUCCUCCUCAUCUUCUAAAGUCACCAUUCCCUCACCUCUUCCACAUGGACGAACCAAUGGAAUGCUUUCUCCUGGAAGCAAACCCCGCCCACACCCCUCCCCGUCAGAGUCCCACUCACCAGCCGCCAAGGCAGUUUGGACGUACAAACGGACACACUCUUCUCUGGGCCAUUCAUCACCCUCAGACCUUUCCUCCACCACCAACAAUUCCCAUAACCGGGCAGGUAUGGGAGACUCAGGACUACAUGGGCAGGUCGUUGGGAGGGGCUUUGAGCAACAGGGGCUUGUCAAGAAACGCAAGGGGGGAAGCAUGGAAGAGCACUCUCCUUCCUCUAAACCCUCAGCACACCGCCUGCCCUCUUCCUCCUCUUCCAGCUCUGCCACCACCUCCUCUCCACGCUCUAAUUUCUACACCUGGAAGGACAGUAAAGGUGGGGGGCUGGCUGGGGGUGUGGAGAAGAAACUCGGCACACAGAAGCCAAAACUGCACCAUUAAGUGUGCCUGCCUUACAAGCCACUGUGAGGGAGCCAGCUCUGCGGCCUCUGAGGCAACAGGACUCAAAUAUGUGUGUGUAUGUCUGUUUGUUUGUUUAUGUGUGUGCGUGUCUCUAUUGAGCACAUGUUGAAGUAUGAAUGUGUCAGGCUGUUUGUAUGUGCAGAGUUAGUGAAGUAUGGAUUUGGUGUGUGUUUGCUGUUUGGAUGAAUGUCUGUGGGAGAACUCGGGGAGGGAGGGAGUAUGGAUUUAGAAAUACCUCAAGACCAUCCGGUUAUGCUGCUAAAUUAAAUAUGUUGGUUUAUAAAAAUGGAUUAAAAUGUCCUUUACACUUG